AUGUCAUCACGUUCCCAUGAGCAAGCACUGGCCGCCCUCCUAUCCCAACUUGCUCUGUCCUUCGACGGAGCAAUUCUCGGGGCGGCUCUUGCCUAUGCCGCCGUACGUUCAAUUCUCAAUUACGCAGCGAACUCCAAAUCCCUAGCCAAAAUCCGCAAGUCACCCACUGUCUCCGUCUCCGACCUCCGCUCCCUCCUUCAAAAUCACGAUCAAGAUCACCAGGACCAGGAGCAUAACAUCGUAAUUGUCAGAGGACACGUUGAGGCUAAAUCAGCCGUUGAUGGGACCUGGAAGAAGAGCUCGAGACCUCCUAAUGUUUUGCUUUCUCACGAGUCUGCUGAUAAAGCUGUUAUUCUACAAAGAACUCAAACUUGUAUAUACAAUGAGUGGAAGGGCUUUUUAGGAUGGACUUCCGAGUUACGAGCUCUCUUUGGCAGAUCUUUGAAAGAACAAGAAACAACCUUGUUAAGAACGGUUCCUUUUAUACUUGUUGAAGGUGGUCAAUGGCCACAAUCUGAUUAUGUUAUCGUGAACAUGGACGGAUCGAGACACCCCCUACCUCUUACCACAGUUUAUCAUCAGUUGCAACCCAUUGUUGCUUCUCGUUAUACAUUCAUUCAGGCCCUUUUCGGUCAUGAAUACCCUGUUGGGGUGCUUCACGAGGAGAAAAUCCUGCCAUUAGGGAAGUGUAUCAGCGCUGUUGGCUUUUGCAAUUCUAAAAAUGGAAUUCCUGAGAUAAAAUCUUGCAAGGAUCUUCCCUAUUUUCUGGCUGACAUGACCAAAGAUCAAAUGGUGGCAGAUCUUGCCUUCAAGGCGAAAAUACUGCUAUGGAGUGGUAUUGUUCUUGGUUCACUUUCAAUUGGGGUCCUUGGCUUUGCUGUUAUGAGGAACUGGAAUAAAUGGAAAGCGUGGAGGCAAAGACACUCUCAGCAGCCAAGCCGUGUCAGUGGCGGAGAUGUCUCUCAGAUUGAUGAAGAUGAGGAAGCAGGAGACGUGCCUGAUGGACAGUUGUGUGUGAUCUGCUUGAUGAGGAGAAGGCGAUCUGCAUUCAUUCCAUGUGGGCAUCUUGCAUGUUGUCAUAGCUGUGCCAUAUCAGUUGAAAGUGAGGUAUCACCUAAAUGCCCUCUCUGUAGGCAGGCAAUCCGAAAUUCUAUCAGGAUUUUUGAAUCUUGA